AUCAUUAAAGCUGUGAUUUUACCUGUGCUUUUAUUAAUCAGUUCUGUUUUUAUUCCCCCUCAAAGGAGUAUUUUAGACCUGGAGCGGAUGCUUUUUUACUUCCUGUGGGGAAGCAAGUGGGAGAGGCUGAGGAGGGAGGUGGUAAAGAGGCCCAGGUCCAAGGGGGGGAAAGGCUUGCCUGACCUCUACUUAUUCCUGGGCAGCCGCUACACAGCGUUACCUCUGACUCUUGCCACCUCCCCAGUCAACAACAAGACUCAGGCCCUCGCACGGUUCUGGCUGGGAUCUUACCUCAGGACUCUGAGGCUGAUCCCAGUCGACCUGCGAGCCCCAGUCUCUUUACUGCUACCCACGCACUACGUCCAGCUCCAGAAGUUUUUAAGACAUUUUAAACUGGAAAAAGAAACAGUCACGGUCUUAACUAAACACCGCUCUCUCCUCUCUCUUGUGCAAGAUCGGGAACCAGUGUGUCCAGUGCGCGCUAUAGGCGAGCCCACAACGGUUUGGCGCAACGUGGCCCAUCCUGCUCUCCUGAAUCGGCAUCGGGACCUGUCCUGGAUGGUCGCCCACGAGAUCCUCCCGGUGAUGGCCGUUAUGCACUCACGGGGCAUGGCGAGGACAUCCGCGUGCCCCCGACCAGGCUGCGGCCAAGAAGAGUCGGUGAGGCACAUGCUCUGGGAGGGCAGAGCUGCCAGGGACCUGUGGAAGGAAGCAGGCCCCCUGAUCACCCCGUGUCUGCCAGCAGGGGAGGACCUAACACCUCAGCUCGUGCUGUAUGGGGUGGGCCGAAGGCCUAUUCCAUCGAAGGCCUUCACCAAGUACUGGCCACCCUCACGUGCUUGAAGGAAGCACUGUGGUCCUCCCGCAACCUGCUGGUAGGGAAAAGCGUAGAGACCACCCCCCAGGCAGUGGCCAUGGUAGCCACGGAAGCCCUGGGGUGGUACGGAAGGAAG